CAAGACUUAUAUAUCUACACAUAUAUUAUUGUGUUAUUAUUUUAGUUUUUGAAAAUAUGGGUAACUGCGUAUUUUUAGGCAAUGGUGCCGGUGGUGCAAGAAAACUAUACGAUAAAAAUGAUUUAUUAAUCAAAGUGGUAACUCCAAACGGCGGCGUAAUGGAGCUUCAUCCUCCAAUCUUCGCCGACUUCAUCACCAAGGAAUUUCCCGGCUACAUCAUCCACGACACCUUAAGCCUUUACCACUCAUCUCCGCCGCUUCUCCACGGCGAAGAGCUCUUUCCCGGGAACAUUUACUACCUUCUUCCUCUUUCUUCCGUUACCACAACCGCUCAACAAUAUUCUUCCGACCAAUUAUUAGCAACGCCAUACAGAAUGUCUUACGGGAAAACGACGUCGGUGAAGGAGGCUGCGAAUGGCGGCGGAGUGUGGAAAGUGAGGCUUGUGAUAAGUCCGGAGCACUUGGCGGAAAUUCUUGCGGAGGAUGUGGAAACGGAAGCGUUUGUAGAAAGUGUGAGGACGGUGGCAAAGUGCGGCGGUUACGGCGGCGGAGCUAACCGGAGGGCAAACUCAGACCAGUUAAGCGUUACGAGUAGUUUCAAAGGGUAGUUAAGGUAAACCUUCGAAUAUGCAUAACCUUAAAGUUCAUGUAAUUUUUGAAUAUUAUGGUUUCCCCUUGUUAAAAAAAAAAAU